AAAAAUCGCUGUCCAUGAUGCUGAAAUGCUCAGCCUCAACACAUGUACAGCACACACACGGUACACAGUGCGCAUGCCCAGGAUCUCAUGAGCGAUAUUGUUGUGCUGUGUUGGAUAGCAACCGUUUCACAGUGUUUCAGUAAACUAGUACUUUAUUGUGUCGUUUAAGAAUAUCAGUUAACAUGGCAGAUCCAAGAAUACGACAGAUUAAAAUCAAGACUGGCGUUGUUAAGCGGCUGGUGAAGGAGAAGGUCAUGUACGUCAAGGAGACCAGGCAGCAGGAGGAGAAGAUUGAACGACUGAAAGCAGAGGCCUGCGACGAAGAGGCCGACUCAGAGGCCAAGUAUGUCAUCAAGAAACAGUUGGAGGUGCUACAGGAGUCCAAGAUGAUGAUUCCAGACUGUCACAGGCGUCUGACCAUAGCACACGCUGACCUGUCCCAGAUACUAGAAACGGAAGAGGACUUGGCUGAAGCAGAGGAGUACAAAGAGGCCAGGACCGUAUUGGAUUCAGUGAAGCUUGAAGGAUGAUGUUCUCACUCUCUAAUGCGUCGCUUAGAUGUCCAUUCCGUUCGUCUGGGCUUGUUUGGAAUCGUAGACAAACAGAAUCGUUCAGCGCUCUUUAAAAAAAUAAAUAAAUGAUUUCUACAUUUUGAGAACGACGUCGUCUGAUCUUGACAUCCUUCUCCGGAGUGCACACUCACACAAGCAUCAAAUGAACACUUCUUUCUGUUCUUACCAUGGGGGUUUGCUUGGCUUCUACCAUACAGCUGCAAAUGAAGCCUAAUUGUGUUGUUUAUCUCAUAUUCAAGCUAUUGUACUUUAGCGUCUUGCAUCAAGUGAUUUUAGAAGUGUUUCUCAAUUUGUUGAUUUGAGUAUAUAUUGUGCUUUAUGAUAACUGAUACAAUAAUUAGUAUGUAUGUAUUCUCUCAUAAGAAGCAAGAUGUCAACAGUGAACAUAAUUAAAAAACCAAAUUACCUAACAAGAGGAGAGCUAGCUAAACCGUUAUUAUUUAACAUCCAUCCUAUUGUCUGUGUGGGGUUGGAUGGAGAGAGACAUUUAGCAGUGUUUUUGACAUGGUUAGUGCUAUCUGGGAGCCUUGGGAUGUCCCUACCCUAAACCCUAACCCCUUACUUUAAACCGUGUGUUAUUGUAACCCUAAACCAUGUUCAAUUUCAUCUUCAAUGGUGGCCCAAGGAUCCCAGACAGCACGGACCGUUUUGGCAUGAUGCCUGUUCAUAGAGGUUAGAAUCAGGACACCAACCUCCGCUGGUCAAUAACAUCCAUGCGGCCUAGUGACAUCAUCAGCACUGCCAUCACCAACUGGGCAUAGCCUGUCACAUCCACUGUAUAAGCAUGGGGUACACUUGUACACACUAUUUUCAGCCACUACGAUACAGCUACGACCAGAAGGUGAUUUUCGGUAAACCUUUUCCUAACCUCGAUCUAAUUAUUUUUAACCUGUUGGGUAAGAUCUAACCUGCUACGGAAAAAAAUCACUUCCGGUCGUAGCUGUCUCGAAGCGGCUUGAAAAGAGUGUUUCUCAUAUAGGCAUAGACUGUUUGCCGAAUGACCAGUGAGCGUAGUUGUUGGGCAUCAAGUCACUUCUUAUUUUGGUCCACAAGUGUAGACAUGUUAAAAAUAUUAUUAAAUAUUUUAUUUGGGUUAACAUAUAUAGUUUUUAUGUUCCACUAUGAAAUUGUCCAAAUAGUUUAUUUUUACUGGACCAUAAAAUGUUUCCAUAGGCCAACCAAAUAGACGAAACACCUAUGGAUUAUAUAAAUACUAUUAUCCUAAAGGUAAACUAAACUAUGCUUGAAGAUGUUCAAUGUAGGCUAUAUAUGUUUUUAUAGCCGACAAAACAUGUAUUAGGUUGUGCUCAAAUUAAGCCUGUUAAUAACAUUGGAUAUGAGUAAUAUGAUUGAUUAAAUGUUCAAACAAA